AUGCCAUCUAAACAACCCCAAGUGUUACUCCUACUUGGAAUGGUGAUAUUAAUCACCACUUCAGAAUUAGGUGCCGGACAGCAAGAAGAGGAUCCACCAACCCAAGAUCCACAGCCCGUAAAGGAUCCACCAGUCCCCACAGAUCCCGUAGAGAAGCCACCUAAAAUUGGUCAAACACCACAUCCAAAACCUCUUCAUAAGAAACUACUAUCACUCUCUUACAACUCACUCUUUCAUAAAUCUUGUAAUAAGCCUCCUUCAUCAGUGUUCCAGACUCAAGAUGACGAAGACAAGUCUUCUCCGGUGAAGGAACUACAGAUGGAUAAAACCACUAGCCCCACCAUUAAAAAGUUAUACAUCAUCCCAACAAUAUUAUAA